AGGUCAUCGGCCCUCCCUUCCCUGCCCCUCGCCUGUGUAUUCAGACUUCAGAUCAUUCCCCGCCACUAAGAACUUCUUCUAGUCAAUCGCCACCAGACGUAAUGUUUUGUUUUGGUGCCAGUGUCGCUCGGCGUGCUGUUUUUCCACCUGGCUGCCGCUCACGUGUUCCUCGGCAACGAUGAGGCCAGUCAGGUGUUGAUGCGGGCCAGACGAGCCAACAAAUACUUUGAGGAGCUCAAGCAAGGCGACAUGGAGCGCGAGUGUCGAGAGGAACGCUGCAGUUGGGAGGAGGCGCGGGAGAUUUUUGAAGAUGAUGAGAAAACUAACAAAUUCUGGGCCGUAUACUACGACGGCGACGCGUGUCUUACAAUACCCUGCGCGCACAGGGGACGUUGCGAAGACGGGAUUGGCAGGUACACGUGCUACUGUGAUCACGGCUACGAUGGUUCCAAUUGUGAAAUUGUUAUUCCUCAACUCUGCGAGAACCAAAACGGAGGUUGCCAGCACUUCUGCAAGGUGGAACAAGGAAACAUUGAGUGCUCAUGUGCCGAUGGCUAUUUUCUGUCUUCGGAUGAAAAAUCCUGUGAAUCCUAUGAGCCCUUCAAAUGUGGCGUUACAAUUUCCACCAAAACCAGAACCAUUUUCACGUACCGGCGCCCAAACGUCACAGAGGGAAACGUCACAGAGUUCAACCAGACCCACGUUGACGGCAACGACACAUCCGCUGUCAAUCUAACGGCGAUGUCGCUUGCCGGCAACGUCAGCAGUGAACAAAUGAUGUCUGAAUAUGGAGAGGAGGAAGAUAUCACCUCUGAAGUUGCAGGAAUGACCCGCAUAGUCAAUGGGGAAAACUGUCCACCAGGAGAAUGUCCAUGGCAGGCACUUCUCAUGGAUGAACACGACAUAGGGUUUUGUGGCGGUACCAUCCUCAACGAAUACAUCAUCUUAACAGCGGCGCACUGCAUGAACUUCACGCGUUACAUCUCUGUGAGGCUGGGUGAGUUUGACUUAUUGGUAAAUGAGGGGACCGAAGCCACUCACUACCUGGACUCGGCCCUAACACACAGGCUCUACCGCAAAGACACUUUGGAGAAUGACAUUGCGCUCCUCAAACUGGCUACGCCCAUCAAGUUCUCCAGGUACAUCCUGCCAGCCUGUCUUCCUGAUCCGGAUUUUGCUGAGAAGGUUCUCAUGCUGCAGAAGGAUGGCUUGGUUAGCGGUUUUGGCCGUCUUGCCCAAAAUCUGCCAUCAUCCAAGAUCCUGCAGCGCCUCACUGUACCUUAUGUACCUCAGCCGACUUGUAAAGAAUCCAGCAGUUUCACUAUCACCGAACACAUGUUCUGCGCAGGCUACGACAAAAAAGCUAUGGAUUCGUGUCGAGGAGACAGCGGCGGUCCACACGUUACAGCGUACAAAAACACCUAUUUUGUCACUGGUGUCGUGAGCUGGGGUGAAGGCUGUGCAAAAGAAGGCAAAUAUGGCGUCUACACUCAAGUCUCCAAAUUCAUCAAAUGGAUCCGAUAUGCCAGCAAGAAGCUGUUGCGCAACGACAAAGGCGCCGACAGGGUGAGGCGGCAAAGUGACCCAAUCAGGAGGCUGUAUUUAUAAGACGGCCACAGCUUCCUUGGAGACAAGUCGUAAAAUCAUGCAGUUUGGCUUGAACACCAAAGCGUUUAAAUUUUGUGCAUUUUUCAAAGCCCAUAAAUAAAGUCUUCAACAGCG